GGUUCUGCUUCCGACAGCGGGAGAGAAGAAGUCGUGUCUACUCUAGCCUUUACUUUGAGCACUUUAAACUGCCGGCUUGGCCUGUACAACUGUCAGGUUACUCAGCGAUAUAGAAGAGGACUUAAUUUGUGUCCACUUGACUUUUAAUAAUGCCUCGGGGCGGGAAAAGGGGCCACAAGGGCAGAGGGAAGCAAUUUAGCAACCCAGAGGAGAUCGACAGACAGAUGAAGGCGCAGAAAGAGUUGGAAGAAAAUCCUAAUGCAGAGAAGGUGGACUCUGCCGAUUCUGAGGAUGAGAGCAGCAGUGAGGACGAAAAUGAGUCCAGGAAAAAAUGCGGAGUGGAGGGACUUAUCGAGAUUGAGAAUCCCAACCGUAUGUCUCAGAAGAGCAAGAAGGUGGCUGAGUUAGACGUCACUGCUCCCAGAGAGCUGUCUCGCAGGGAACGAGAGGAGAUAGAGAAGCAGAAAUCAAAGGAACGCUACAUGAAGCUCCAUCUCGAGGGGAAGACUGAGCAGGCCAGGGCCGACCUGGCCAGACUGGCCAUCAUCAAGAAACAGAGGGAGGAUGCUGCCAAGAAGAGAGACGACCUCAAGAAAGAUAAAGAUACUGACGAAUCCAAAGCAAAGCGCUAGUCCUCCACCUGAAAGCUUCGACAUGCACUUCAGUCUCAGAGGGCCGGAGAGAGGAGAUCUGGAGGAGGACAACGGGGAGGGGGACCAACAC